UAAACAGACAGGCCAAAGUCAAUAUGCAUUUAUAUAUAAGUGGAAGUAUUCAAACUGUGUAUGUGUGUAUUUGUCUGCCUGUCUCUGUACAUGUGGUUUCUGGCUUGUUUUCAGAUUCCAUCAGCUUCCUCCGCCCAAGGAAAAUAUCUAAACUACUAUUGGCAAGGAAUGUCAGAUGCAAGGGGGUUUCCUGACUGCAGCUGGGUCAGACCAUAUGCAAAAUACAAUACGGGAGAAGUGUUUUAAUUUUGAAAGUUGAUUACAUCAAAUUCAGAAAAUACUCACAAAUUCUCCACUUGCAAACACACAUACAUACAUAUUUUACACACACACACACACACACAUUAUAAAACAUUAUAUUAUAUAUUAUUAUAUUAUAUUAUAUCAUAUUAUAUUAUAUAUUAUUAAAUUAUAUUUUACAUAUACAUAUUUCAAAUAUACUUUAUUACUGAAUACAUAUUUAUUUUCCUGUACAUGCAACACAUGCAACAUGAGACACACUUUCUACAGAAAAUUAUUACCAGCAUACUGAUAUGUUGUGAUAAAGGCGGAGACAAAUCUAGCCCAGCCUCUCAAAUUUACUCAACAUUUCAGCUUACUUAGCUAAUUUUCCAUUCAGUUAGUUUAACACCAUAAAAUAUGUAAGAAACACUCUAAUAACAUUGGUUAACAGUUUUACUGGGCGAACACCCAUAGAAAAGAACCCCUUGAUAGUAGACUUUUUGUUUUAGUGCUCCUGGAAGAACAAUUAAUUGAAUGUCUAUAUAUAAAUGAUUGAAACAGGAAGAAGGAGAAAGAAAGCAAGAAAAAGGGAAGUAGGGAGGAGAUAGAAAUAGCAUACCAGAGAGGUAUCAGUGAUUCUAUGUUUUAUACUGCUAGGCACUACAUUUUUAUCUCAAUGUUAUUUAGAAAGGGGAAACAAGUAUACACAUUUUAGAUAGAGAUGGAUCAUUCAAACAGGAAAUAUUAAAUAACAAAACAAAAAGUAUUAAAAACGAAACAAAAAAAAAAAAGAAAUUGAUAAAGUGCACAUAUUUAGGGGAAUGACAUAGAGAUAGAUAUCUAAUGUUGACAGUGAUGAGCAUUGGAGUAGUAAGCUAUUGUAUAACAAGGACAUAGAAAGUAUCAAAGAAUUUACACUGGAACAGAGAAAAUUCCAAAGAAAAAUAUAAGAUAUAUUUUCAGUGAAUCACUAGAAAUAGGGAAAAUACUAUCACUGUAAGCAGGAAAAUAUACCACAUUACUCUACUUUAGAUAUAUUCUUGAUUCACCAGGUGACUAAGUAACUACUUUUUAAACCACCUUGAAGUCAGUCAAUUAAUACUCACACCAACAUGUUCAUCAACACAAUAAUUAUUGGCCUUCUUAUCUUCUUGCAAACUUUUCACAAAGGCUGGGAUACAGAUGCAGCAUCCCACAAUAUCAAUACAAGGAAGAAAAGUAAAUCGGCUUCCGUUAGGAGCACUAAGUGUGCAUACACAAUAGUGGUUAAUGAAGUAGAUGCUUCUCAGUGUCCAGUGAUGACACAACCAGUGCAGUCGGACCAUACAGCAGAUGGAAAAGCUCAGAAAAAAUCAACAGUGUCCUCAAGUGAAGUGCAUGGUUUAACUUCAAAGAUCCAUAGUGUAGAAACUACCCUGUUAGGUGAAAUUGUCAAAAACCGCGAACUAAACACAACACUGACUCAUCAUAGUAUCAUGCUACAAAAGGCAGAGGACCGGUUUCUGAAGUACCAAAACAACUUCACAUCACUUUUCCGAGCCAUCAUGUUUAUGGAACAGAAAAUCCGAAAACAGAAGGAAAUUAGUCGCAACUUGGACAACAAGCUGUCUAACAUAAUGCUUGAUGUUGUGGAAGUGAACAAUGUACUUUCACGGAAAACUCCAGGCCCAGGAACAAGUCUCAAAGACAAACAAAUCAAAGUAGAAAGUGCAGCACAUGUAAGACAAUGUGGAAUUACUGACGACACAGAUAUUUUCCAAGAUUGCCAAGAUGUAUAUGAGCGAGGUCAUACAGACAGCAGUGUUUACUACAUAAAGCCUACUUACUCUUCUUGUCCUAUUCCUGUAUGGUGUGACAUGGACACCCCACCAGGAGGAUGGUUAGUCAUUCAGAGACGACUGGAUGGUAAAUUGUCAUUUAACCAAGACUGGAAAACUUACAAAGAUGGAUUUGGUGAUGUAAUCCGAGAACUCUGGCUUGGUAAUGACAAUAUUUUUUUGCUGACAAAUCAAGCACAUUACCAACUGCGUAUUGAUUUGUGGGACUUUCAAGGAAACCGUGUUUAUGCAAUAUAUGAAACCUUCAAGAUAGAUGGUGAACGAGACAGUUAUAAAUUAAACAUAGGCAAAUACAAAGGCAGUGCAAAAGAUAGCUUCGGUAAACACAAUGGACUUUUGUUUAGUACAUCAGAUAAAGACAAUGAUAAAUGGAGCCAAUAUCACUGUGCUAAAGAAUGGGAGGCUGGCUGGUGGUUUACUAACUGUUGGUUUGCUAUUCUCAAUGGACCCUAUUAUGAGAAGGCUAAUGUAAGCUAUCGGGGUAUAUCGUGGAAUGAAUGGAAGCAUGAGCAACUGAAGAAAACGGAAAUGAAAAUACAACCGUUUAAAUCAUAACUUAAAUUAGACUGUUAAUACAAAAAUAUAAAAUAAAAUUAUAUAAUACUU